UCAUUUCACACCAGUAAAAUUAAUACAAGAUGUGGCGAUUGUGUCUCCUCUUGUCUGCCAUACAGUUUGCAAGAACCGGGGCGUUUCUUGACGACAUCUCACCGGAAUGUGCCUGCGGCACAGCUAUACUUGACAUUAAAAAUGAGUUGAUGGCGAUCCGAGGGGACAUGACACAAACGGCCUUGGUUAGCGAACUUCAGGCUAAUCUGACGACCCUCCAACAGACUGUCAACCACCUUUCCAGUGUUGUCCAUCAUCCACAUACAGUGGCGUUCACGGCACAGCUCAGCCACAACAUUGCCAACAUCGGACAGGGGCAACACGUGAUCUUUGACCACGUGAUCACAAAUGUAGGUCAAGGGUACAGCAGCAACACGGGCACGUUUACCGCACCAUACACUGGGACGUACAUAUUCUACCUGACAAUCACGAGCCACGACAUCCACACAGCAAGCUUCCGGUUGAUGAAAAACGGCCACCGCCUUUUAAACGUCGUUUCGACCCCGACGAAGGUCACUCACCACAACUCGACCGGCUCGAUACCGGAAACAAACACCCACGUAGUAACGGCCUCGCUGCACAAGGGCGACGAAGUGUGGACGGAAAAUAUGGGCUCCUUUGACUCCCACGAGGGCCUGGGCGGCAACCUGCUUACUUCCUUUAGUGGCCACAUCUUGCAGCCGCAAAUCUCAAACUGACGAAUUCCGUUUCCGGAACUGAACAGCGGGCGCGUAUCAUGAAUUUUAAAAAUGAUCGUAUUCCCUAUCUGAGCUAAAUACAUGAUUAAAUGAAA